AACAUAUUGUGAGUUGCGACAGUUAGUAAAAUGACACUCUUCUAAGUAUUUUUAGUAUCAAAACAGAUUACUGAACAUAAUCUACCAAAAAAAAAAAAAAAUGUACAGCCCGCCAGAUGAGUCGUCUUCCAAUAUGAUUGGAUUGGAAGACAUCAAGAAAAACUUGUUCAAGACAGCAAUGCGCGGCGACUGGACACAAGUAAUCAACAUAUACAAACAACAUCCCGAAAUUCACAGUGCCAAGAUCACCAAAACCGGCGACACGGCGUUGCAUAUCGCGGCGAUGGACGGGCAAGCCGGAGUGGUUCAAGAGCUUGUAAAAGUGAUUGGGAAUGAAGGGAUCAGCGGCGGCCAUGCCUUGGAAGCCCUUGCGACGGAAAACGAGCGAGGGAACACGCCGCUUCAUCUCGCGGCCGCGCUGGGAAGCGUUCCAAUGUGCCAAUGCAUCGCGAAUGUGGACCUGAAACUCAUUGGUUGCCGGAACCAUGACAGCGAGACGCCGUUUUUCCUGGCGGUUCUUCAUGGAAGGAAAGAUGCUUUCCUCUGCUUACAUUCCAUUUGUGGAAGUAAACAGGGGUAUUCUUUCUGCCGGAGAAAUGAUGGCGAAACCAUUCUCCACUGCGCCAUCGCUGGAGAGUAUUUCGAUUUGGCCUACCAGAUAAUUCAUCUCUAUGAGAAACUGGUAAACUACGUUAACGAACAAGGUUUCUCUCCACUACACAUUCUAGCUAGCAAACCUUCAGCUUUCAGAAGUGGAAGCCAUUCCAGACGAUUUAACAAAAUCAUAUAUCUAUGCAUAUUUGUGGAUGAAUUGGUGCCUCAUAGAUUCUCUGAUGAACACCCUCUGUAUCAAGAACUCGAAUACCUCGAAAGCGCCAAAUAUCCUGAAAACUAUCAAGCCUGCGUUAACUUUGCCUGGCUUGUCAACAAAAUAUUCUGCUUACUCGCAUUGGGCGCUGGAAAGAAAGAUACCGGGCAGCAAUCAGAUAUGGAGGAUCCCAACAGGAAGAAACUUCAUUUAUUUCCUGCUAAUUACAAUACUUUCUUUGAAGCAGUGAAGUUUAUGUCCAAGGCAAUGCUUAUCGUCCUAGGUUUAGGUUCAAGAGAAAUAGUGAAGAUUGAGGAGAGGAAAAAGAAGCAUGUAUGGUCUAAUCAGGUGUUGGAUGAACUUCUUCAACGUACUUCCACAUAUGAAUAUGAUGAUAAUGGAAGCCAUCCUCAGCACUUGCUCUCAAUCAAAGAUGACGGAUCAACAAGACCGUAUAGUUUUGCGGAUGGCGGGGAUGUUUUCUUUUCAAAUUAUGGGAUUUUGUCGCCACCAGAGGUAGACUCUUCCGAUGAUCAAGCUAAUCCAGACCAGGAUCAUAAAGGAAACAAUGCUGCAAAUGGUGAAAAUACAAGCAGCAGGGGAAUGGGGAAGAAGGAGACGCCCAUCUUGAUAGCUGCAAAAAAUGGUGUUGCUGAGAUGGUGGAAAAAAUUCUUCAACUUUUUCCGGUAGCUAUCCAUGACCUGAAUUCCGACAAGAAAAACAUAGUCCUCCUGGCCGUGGAGAAUCGGCAACCGCACGUUUACAAGCUUUUACUCAACAUGAAAAUCAUGAAAGAUUCCAUAUUCCGCAAAAUCGAUAAGGACGGAAACAGCGCGCUACAUCUUGCUGCGAAGCUCGGGGAACACAGACCUUGGCUCAUCCCCGGCGCAGCUUUGCAAAUGCAAUGGGAGAUCAAGUGGUACGAGUAUGUCAAGAAAUCCAUGCCACUCCACUUCUUUGUACGGUACAACAAGGAGGGUAAAACUCCCAGAGAAAUCUUCACGGAAACACACAAGGAUCUCGUCAAGAGCGGCGGCGACUGGCUGACCAACACCUCGGAGUCGUGCUCUGUGGUGGCGGCCCUCAUAGCCACCGUGGCUUUCGCCACGGCAACCACCGUACCCGGAGGAGUCAAGCAAGACAUCGGGACCCCAACGUUAGAAAACGAACCGGCAUUCGACGUGUUCGCGAUAUCGUCGCUCAUCGCGCUCUGCUUCUCCGUCACGUCGGUGGUCAUGUUUCUUGCCAUCCUCACGUCCCGCUACCAAGAACGAGACUUCGGCAAGAACUUGCCCAAGAAGUUACUUCUGGGGUUGACUUCGCUGUUCAUAGCGAUUACUUCCAUGUUAAUCUCGUUUUGCUCCGGCCACUUCUUUGUCCUGAAAGAUAAGCUUAAGUACGCGGCUUUCCCGGUGUAUGCCAUCACUUGCUUGCCGGUGACCAUCUUUGCGGUGGCUCAGUUCCCGCUCUACUUUGACCUUAUUUGGGCUACUUUUCGGAACAUUCCUCAGCGUAGCUACAAAGUCAUUCCUCCAUGAGUGUAUACUGCUAAUUUUCAAUCCUGUCCGUAUGCCUAUGAAUUUCCGGUCAAAAUUUAUAAGUUUUGCCGAUUCUACUGUGUCACAAAAAUGUUUCUUUUUUUUUGGUUUUCUAAGUUUUGAGGAUGGAAUUCACUCUUAUUGAUUGUUACAAUGAUUCUUGCCC